UCUUCCUCCUGCCCCUUCCAGGAAGCCCUGCAGUGGGGGAAACCAGGAUGGCAGAUAGAGAACUUGUGAGAGAGGCACACGCUAGACCACACAUAAACCACGGAUGAUUCGACAUCCUGAGCCCUCCCUACCAGACCCUGCUGAGAGAAACCUGCGGGCAGGACCCAGAAAGUCUACAAAGCAGGAAGGCAGGGUAUAUGAAGAGCCUCUGCCGGUAACUGUGUGAAGCCACCCAGGAGCCAAGCUGACCGCUGCCUUCUGCUCCACCAGCUCAGAGGACCCAGGAGCCCGUGACUUGGCAUCCUCCCGCCCUCUAGAGCCCAGCGGCCGGAGUCGGCAGCCUCUUCAUCCCUUGGAACCUGAAAACCCAGCACUGCCCAUGGAGCCCUGCCGGUCCCUGGCCCUGCUCGUUGGCUCCCUGGGCCUGGUGUUUGCGCUGGUGGCCAUCAGCACUGAUGUCUGGAUAGUGGUGAUGGGGAAUGUCUCAAGUCACUCAGGCCUCUGGCCGAGUGAUGGCAAGCUGGACAAUAUCAAAGGCUACAUCCGAGUGACCCAGAGUUUCUGCAUCCUGGCCACCCUGUGGGUGCUGGUGGCCGUGGGCUUCCUGGUGCUGUCGUGCGUCCCUUCUCUGUCUGCCCCUGCCCGUGGUCCUCUGGUUGCCACCAUUAUGGCAUUUACUGCAGCCCUCUCCAUGCUGGUGGCCAUGGCAGUGUACACCACUGAACGCUGGGGAGAGACUCCGCACCAGCAGUUCCAGACCUUCUUCGGUUGGUCCUUCUACCUGGGCUGGGUCUCUACCCUCCUGUUCCUCUGCACAGGUGCCUUGAGUCUGCUCGCUCAUUUCCGUGCCCACCGGACUGACUUUGAAAGCUUGUGAGCAGGAGAAAAGGCCAGCAUGUGUUUGUGUUUGCGUGCCAUGUCCUGGAAGUGUCCUCAGGAGCCCCAGAAGGAAGGCUGCCCCCCCCCCAGUGCAUCCCCCUUCAUUAACU